UCUUUUACUACAAUUUUGGUUAAUCUGAGAAGGUAGAAAAACACAAGACAAUAUUGCAUCUGAUUCUUAAUCUAAAUGUCCCUAUCCAUCACGAAUAAACCAAAGGACCCAGUAGGCUCCGAUGCCAAUCUUCAACUUUCUACCAAAAUAGAAUGCGACAGAUGACACAUAUUUUGCUUUAUCCGAUCCAUCUGACAAAUACCUUCCUGAAUAUUUGAUUUUUUUAUUAUAUAUACCCAUUUUCAAGAAAAAGGGAAGCAAGAAAAAGAAAAUCCCAAAAAGAAAGCUCGGUUUGUGUUGGAGUCGCCGACACCCAGUUUCGACUACGAAACACUCUUCCUCUGCAUUUUGGGUACUUUGAAUUUUGCAACAAAUUCGCAUAUACAGAGAAACAGAGAGAGAUGGAUGGAGGUGUCAAAGUGAACAAAUGGGGUUACGAGGUUAGGACAUCUUCGGAUGCUUGUAUAUCUGCUAUCAAUGAUUUCUAUUACCAGGUGCUGAUUUAUGGAAGAAAAAGGAGUGUGAUAUUGGAAGCCACUGUUCAUGACAAGGACUGCGUGCUUGCCAACAUUUUGGCUGCUCAUAUCCUCUACACCAAUCCUUCCCGAGCUCGCUCCCACCUCCAAGCCGCUGAGUCCCGACUGGAACAAGCCACCAGGUAUGAGAAAGCUGUUUUUGAUGCAACCAGUAGUUUGAUUUCUGAGAACAGAGACGAUGAUGUUGCUUUUGAGUUGCAUUCUAAGCUUUUAAAAGAAUUUCCAAAAGAUUUGGUCUCUUUAAAAAGAGCCCAAGUGCUGUGCUUCUACAUGGGGCGACCUGAUCUAUCCUUGAGUCUGGUUCAACAGGUUCUUCCUGAAAAUCAAGAAGAAGAUUACAUAUAUGGCAUGCUUGCUUUCCCUUUACUGGAGCUAGGCCAAAUGGCUGAUGCUGAGAAAGCUGCAAAAAGAGCAUACAAAAUCAACAAACAAGACUUCUGGGCUCAACAUGCCUUGUGCCAUGUUCUUCAGUAUGAGUGCCAUUUCAAGGAAGCCGUGGCGUUCAUGGAAGGAUGUUCAUCUUCAUGGUCUUCUUGCUCAUCAUUUAUGCUCACACAUAAUUGGUGGCAUGUAGCUCUUUGUUACUUAGAAGGUCAUUCACCAAUCCAAAAAGUCCUAGAGUUAUAUGACCAAUUUAUCUGGAAGGAGUUAGAAAAAGUUGAUGCAAUAUAUCCAGAGGUAUACUUGAAUGCUGUGGGUCUCUUGCUGCGAGUUUAUGUCCGGGGUGAAAUUAAUAUCUUUAAGGACCGUCUGGAGAUCUUAGCUAGUCGUUUGACAAAUCAUUCCUACUGGUACCUAGAGUGGCACUUUGAUUUGUUAAUACUAUGGGCGUUGGCUUAUACUAAUGAGAUUUCUGAAGCUGAAGAUUUACUUGGAGCCUUAAAGUCCAGAGUGGCCAAGAUGAGCAAAAAGAAGCAACAAUUGAUGCAGCGAGGCAUAUUGCUUGCAGAAUCUCUCUUCGAGUAUGGGAGAGGUAAUGACAAACGAGCACUGGAAUUGCUUGGUCCAGCUUUUGAUGCCAAUGAUCUUAAGAUGAUUGGUGCAUCUGAGGAACAGCUUGAUGUAUUCAAUGAAAUGUGGUAUUGUAUGUUGUUGAAUACUGGACAAGCAACAAAAGCAAUCGAAGUACUUGAAAAGAGAAUUAAAAAAAGGGAAGGAGUUCCGUUCUUGUGGCGCCUGCUGGAGAGAGGCUAUAACAUGAUCGGAAAGCAAGAAGAAGCUGCGACUGUAGGUGAGAAGGCUAAGGUUUUGGAAAAUACAUAUUUCAAACAACCAGUAGGAUUCACAACCAUAUAACCAGUCUAUGAAAACAAAUCAAAAUGUUGUUAUAUUUCUUACUUUGUGUUGAAAACCGAUAUGUAAAUACGAUCAAACAAAGACAGAGAAACAAUUCUCUUACAGAUUAUUAUAUUUCCAAAGUGUAAUUUCGCACAAUGUGAACAAGGUUGUACAUAGAAUACGAACAUGGGGUUUCUAAUUUCUCUA